AGGCAUUAACUGAACCGGGUGUUCAGAUCCUGCGGUCUCCCUUAGAAAUCACUCAGCACUAUAGCUACAGACUUUCUGCUUUCUUCAAUUUGAAGAACAGCGUAAAGGCGACGAUUUCUAAUGGAGCAUCGAAUCAAAUUCCAUUACAGCCAAUUUUCCAAGUUCCGAUAGGGUAGGGUUUGUAAUGGCGCCGGAGAUCGAGCCGUUGCUGCAGAGCCGCGCCGCCGAAGAAGAGAGGCCAUUGGAGCGAUCAAAAGCUGCUCGCGUCGCCUCGCUCGAUGUUUUUCGAGGGCUUAGCGUUUUUCUAAUGAUGCUUGUUGAUUAUGCCGGUUCGAUUUUCCCGACCAUUGCUCAUGUUCCUUGGAAUGGUCUCCACUUAGCUGAAUUUGUGAUGCCUUUUUUCCUUUUUGCUGCUGGAAUUUCUGUCGCCAUUGUAUACAAGAAAGUUCCCAACAAAUUUGGAGCUACAUUGAAGGUUGUCCUUAGAGCAUUGAAAUUAUUUCUCCUUGGCAUUCUUCUUCAGGGUGGAUAUUUUCAUGGGGUUACUUCCUUGACAUAUGGUGUGGACAUUGAGAAGAUUCGAUGGCUCGGAAUCUUGCAGAGGAUUGCGAUUGGAUAUUUUGUGGCUGCAUUGUGUGAAAUAUGGCUUCCAAGAGAAAGCCGGGAUGGCUUUCUUCGAACUUAUAUUUGGCAGUGGUGCGUAGUGGUGUUGCUGUCUGCUGUGUAUUUAGGGUUACUGUACGGCUUAUAUGUUCCCGACUGGCAAUUCUCUGAUGUCCGGGGAAGUUCCUCUGUGAUGACAGCAAAUGACAGCCGUAGUUACACUGUGAGGUGUUCGGUAAGAGGCGAUCUUGGACCUGCUUGUAACUCCGCUGGCAUGAUAGACCGUCAUGUUCUUGGAAUCAAUCAUCUUUAUGCAAAACCUGUUUACCGGAAUCUAAAGGAAUGCAAUAUGUCUGGGCAAGGACAAGUUCCACAAUCAUCGCCCUCGUGGUGUCAUGCUCCUUUCGAUCCUGAAGGUGUUUUAAGUUCAAUCCCGGCUGCGGUGACCUGCAUCAUUGGGCUCCAUUACGGCCACAUUUUAUUACAUGUCCCGCAUCACAAAGAUCGAUUGAUCAAAUGGUCGACAUUCUCAAUUUUGUCGAUGUGUGUUGGUGUAUUUCUCGUGUUGUUAGGGAUGCCGUUAAACAAAUCCUUGUACACCGUCAGUUACACGAUGGUGACUUCAGCAUCGGCUGGAAUCACUCUUUGUUUGUUCUAUAUUCUUGUUGAUGUUUAUGGUUGGAGAUCGACGACGCGCGUGUUCGAGUGGAUGGGGAAGCACUCUUUGGGCAUAUUCAUCCUGAUAACUUCGAACAUCGUUGUCAUAGCUGCUCAGGGGUUUUAUUUCGGAGCUCCGGAGAACAAUAUUCUUAAACAGGUGCACUGGAUCAGAUCGCGAUUCGUGCACGAUUAAAUAUGGACCGGGUGAUUUAUAGAGAGAUGUCGGUUCAGACAUGUCGCGAAUUAGCGACACAUCGAGCGUGCGAGUGAAACGAAGCAACAAAAAGAGGUCUGAGUUGCAUUUACAGAUUCUUACAACUUAAUAGGUAUGUUGUAUGUAUACAAAAGUUCUUAGUUCGUUCUUACAUACAAUAUACGUACAAUUGAAAAAAGAUUGCUGGUACAGUGUUGAUUAUUAUAACUAAAAAGAUGCUUCAAUUCAAUCGAUUAGGGAUCCACAC